AGAGUUGCACAUAAUCCGCUGGUGAAAUCUAGCGUCGGCUGGGGACGAAGCGCCCGGUACCAACCACCCCUGACAUCGGAGCCAGGGUUCUUACGCGCAUCAGCCCCUUUAGCUCGCUUGUAGGCGCACUUACGCAACAAACUCAAUCCUAAGCAAGCAUUCGUAGAGCGUUGUUGGCUAUUCCUGGCCACUCGCUGCACUCCCACUGCAAGCAGGGUUGGUUGCGAGCAUAGGUCCGCGCAUCUGACAAUUUUUAGUAUAGUCGGGUAUUCACUUGUACCACUGAGCAUAAUUAGCAGCAUAACAGGGCUGUUGUGAGCCAGGCGAGGUACCUUCUGUUUGGUACCGUCUCGUCUUCCCUGUAGACGCUUCCAGUCAGGCGCCAAACCAAACAAAAAUGCUUCACCAGAUUAGCGCAAAGCGCUGCGGAGCGAGCGGCGUCGUGCGUGGCGCUGCGGGCCUGCAAGCCUUUAGCACAAAGCUCGUCGCUCCCUUGCCAGCGCGGCGAGUGGCUUGCCAGGUUGUAUCUACGGAGACUGAGGCACCUACCAUCGUGCUUGACCGGCCCGGGAGGACCGUUCAGCCGGAGCUCUCCAUUCCAGCGGCCCUGAAUCAAGAAAUCCGCGAGGGGCACUAUGAGGCCGCGCUGGUGAAGGAGCAGGCGAACAAGGCGGACGCCUCUCAAGCGGCAAUUGCGUCCGUAUUGAAGCCCGCUGACACCACGGUCACAGCCGAUGUGACAAUUGUUGGUGCGGGCCCGGCUGGCCUCUUCCUGGCUGCGGAGUUGGGCAAGCGGGGCAUGAGCGUGAACGUCCUCGGCCUGGACGUGCCCAUUGUGAACAACUACGGCGUGUGGACGGACGAGUUCGAGGCCCUGGGCCUGACCCAUACACUGGAGUGCUCCUGGCCUGAUGCCGUGUGCUACUUCGGCGAGGGCAACCAGGUGAGCGUGGGCCGCGGCUACGGCCGUGUGAGCCGCCGGCUGCUGCGUGAGCACCUGCUCAAGAUCUGCGAGGCGGCGGGCGUGCGCUUCAGCAGCGCCGAGGUGGCGGACAUCAAGGUUGUGGAGGAGGGCAAGCUGACUCAGCUCACCACCAAGGAGGGCGCCGUGUACAGCAGCAGGCUGACCACUCUGGCUGCGGGUGCCGCUGCCGGCAAGUUCCUGCGCUAUGAGGAGGACGCGCCCAUUGUCGCCGCACAAACCGCGUACGGCAUCGAGGCGGAGGUGGAGGGCUAUGACGCCGCCUACCCGGGCGACCUCAUGACCUUCAUGGAUUUCAGGCGCCACCACACCGGCCUGCACGACGGCACGGCGCUCAAAUUCGUGCCGGGGCGCCAUCCCAACUCGGGCGACGGCACGUGGGGCAGCAGCGAGGAGUGCCCCUCCUUCCUGUACGCCAUGCCGCUGGGCGGCAAGCGCGUGUUCCUGGAGGAGACCUGCCUGGUGGCCAAGCCGGCGCUGCCGUUCGCGGUGCUCAAGCGCCGCCUCACACGCCGCCUCAAGGCCAUGGGCAUCUCCGUGACCAAGAUCCACGAGGAGGAGUGGAGCUACAUCCCUGUGGGCGGCCCCCUGCCGCUGCCCGACCAGUCGGUGACGGCGUUCGGCGCCGCUGCCAACCUGGUGCACCCCGCCACCGGCUUCAGCGUCAGCCGCUCCUUCCGUGAGGCGCCGCAGGUGGCGGACGAGCUGCAGGCCGCGCUGCGCGACGGGCUGGACGUGUCCGCCGCCAGCCGCCGCGUGUGGGAGCGCCUGUGGCCGCAGGAGAAGCGCACGCAGGCCUCCUUCCACGUGUUCGGCAUGGAGCUGCUCGCCACGCUGGACCUCAACGCCACCAACGACUUCUUCAACACCUUCUUCCGCCUGCCGCCCUUCUACUGGCGCGGCUUCCUGGCCUCUACGCUCAGCAGCGGGCAGCUGAUUGCCUUUGCGCUGGUGGUGUUCACGCUGGCGCCCUGGAACAUCAAGUACAAGCUCAUUGAGCAUCUGAUCACGGACCCCGCCGGCGGCUACCUCAUCCGUGCCUACCAGGCGCAGUGGGACAGCUCUCAACAGGCGCCGUCCGCCGCGACUGCCGCCGCCGUGCUGCUGCUCAGCAACGAGCUGAUGACGCGCGCGGUGCUCAAGGCGCUGGAGAGCGGCAGCGCGUAAGCACUGCGUUAUUGGUCCCCGUCCCCCCUGAAUGAAGGAUGCACGAGGGAGGAUGGGGCAGGAGCAUCAGCAGCAGGAGCACCAGCAGCGGCAGGGGCAAGAGCGGCAGGGGCAGGAGCAGACAGUAGACAGAGGCCGGGCUGGCGGAAGGAUUGGAGGCGCGCGCGGUUGCGGCCUUGUGAUGUGCGCGUUUGAGCCUUCGACACCGCAUGCUUGAGACAAUUUGAUUGCAGCGGAGAGGAACGAAGAACUUUAUCGUUGGAAAGGGCCGCCCACCGGCGGCCGCAUGACGCAGCAGCAGCAGCAGUCCAGGAGCUGCGGCGGCUGCAGAAGCAGCAGGAGAGCAGCGCUAGCUAUGUCGUGGUGGCGGCUGAAAGGGGGGAGCGGGUGCUUAAGUAGCUACCUUUUGCCCAGGUAACGUGGCUGUGCAUUGACGCCGCUGCGAGUCCGUUGGGUCCAGCAACGCGCUGUCGUCGUUGGUGCAGUUGAGAUUCUGCUUCAUAGGGAUAGUCACAGCGAGAGGCAUCGCAGCGCGCAGGCUCUUGAUGCGCAGGUGUGUGGUGGGCUAGAAUUCGUGGGGGACAACACUGUUGGUUUGCAUGUGCUAUGUGUACUGAUGGAAUAUGGUUUGGGCAGCUUACACCCGUACAUGCCAAUGGUGUAUUCACUACGUCAGCGUAAGCGGACCAGCGAUAGGAAUGCAGCACGGUAUGGAGGACUAAGCAGGGGAGUGGUGGUGCCAUUGGCUGGCGCAGUGUGAUUGUCAACCAAAAGAGAGCGGCCGUGAGCGAGAUUUUCGCCCCGAUGACAUCCCGGGGACGGUACAUGCUUUGUUUCUGUGUAGCUUGUGGCGUAUGCGUUGUGGCCACGUACAUGUGUGUUGUUUGUUUCGUGUGUGUGCGUGUCAUGUGAUUGACCUGUUGCAGUGCAGAUGCAGUUGUUUGCUUCCAGAGCUGUGUCAACUAGCCUGGCUCGCGCGCCCGGGCGUGGCCACCAGGGGGCGUGAUUGUGUGAAGGGGCUGGAAGGGGAGCCAGGCAGCUCUAUUGGAGACUCCGCAGCGCGGGUAGGUGCGGCAGGAAGGGCACAACGCUGAACAUUGGCGGCAAAGCGAGCCUGGAAGUGCGAGCAAUGUUGACGAGGAUUAGGAGAGCGAGCGAGUUGACCAAGACCAGAGAAGGCCAGAAGGGAGAAGUUGGUUGCAGCAUGGCGUGUUGAUGGGAUGGGUCGAUGGGGCGGCCCCAGGUAGCUCGUGCUGCUGCUUGGGGCAAUACGACCCAAGUGCUGAAGUGCAGCGAACAGGAAGCGGCAGCUUGUCAGCGCGCACGCUGCUUUGCGCUCGUUGCGGGAGGACGCCGUGUGCCCGCGCAAGCUGCGGGCCCUUCUGCACUUGGUGCCCGUAACAUUCAUGUUCAACCGCCGCUCUCCUGGCUGUCACCACCAGGGAUGUCCCAUGGCACCAGGACUCACCAGGGCUGUUGCACGAGCGCCGGGUGCGCGGGCAAGCAGGGCACCUCAGGUUGGAGGGAAUGAAAUAUGGUAUGCGACAGGGACCACAAGGGUGUGGGCCAUUCCUGGCCGGUCCAUCCGCAGGGUGGGCCGCGUGCAGAGCCACCUGUGAUUGGUUGUGCUGCCAGCUCCAUGCGAUAGUAAGAUCGGGC